GGGGAAAGUGCUGAGGAGAGAGAAAGAGAGAAAGAGAGAGAGAGAGAGAAAAUCUAUAGCCUCAAGAACUAAAGGAACGAGGCACUGGAGGAAGCGACUCUGAGGAACUGGCUCCUGCACCUUGGUGGUGCACAUCAGACAAGCUGGCCUCCACUGCUCCACUGAUCACCUCACCAUGGAAUUUGUCUUCACCUCCUCCAGUCCUACUACGUGUCAGGACUCGAACCUGUCGUUCUUCAGUCGGCGUGAUCCGAACUCCACGUCUCCAUCUCCUCCCAACCCACCGAACUUCGGACUGUCCUACUUCACCAUGACCUUCGGGAUCCUCUCCAACCUGAUCGGUCUGGCCAUUGUCUCGGCAUCCUGCACCCGCUACCACCACCGAGCCAAGACGCCGUUUCUGCUGCUAGCAGCCGCUCUGCUUCUGAGCGACCUGGCGGGUCAUUUGGUCACUGGUGCACUCGCCUUGCACCUGCAUCUCGGAAGAAUCAGGAGGCAACGAGCAUUGAGCAGGGAGACAGGCGAACCCCCUCAGGCAUUCUGCAAACUCUUCGGGGCCUGCAUGGUCUUCUUUGGUUUGACUCCUCUCCUCUUGGGUAGUGCCAUGGCUGUAGAGCGCUGUGUGGGCAUCACACAGCCUCUUCAGCACUCUGCUUUGGCCACGACAGCUCACGUUCGCCUCGGUGUCCUUCUGCUCAUAACCGUAGCCUGUACCUUAGCGGCGCUCCCCUUGCUCAAUGUGGGUACCUAUGAACCUCAGUUCCCUGGUACCUGGUGCUUCCUUCCUGUGCACGGUGCUCUCUCGAGAGCUGAUGCCGGCCUGGCACUGGCCUUUUCCAGUCUGGGCCUGGCAGCACUAACAGUCUCUGUACUGUGUAAUGCUGUAAGUGGGCUGACAUUGCUGCAGGCCAGGUUCAACAACCAAGGGGCAAAACUGACCGCCUCCAGGAGACGCAGAUCUUCAAUGUCGUCUGUGCAUUCGCUGGAUGUGGAGAUGAUGGUGCAGCUGGUGGUCAUAACCGUGGUGUCCUCUGUCUGCUGGAGUCCCUUUCUCAUUUACACAUCUAUGUCAGUGAGACAGUUCUACAGAGGAAACGCCAAUCCAGACCCACAGUACGAGCGGCUGAUGCUGCUGGGCUUGAGGAUGGCAUCCUGGAACCAGAUCCUGGACCCGUGGGUGUACAUCCUCCUGAGACGGGCCGUGCUGAGGCGGGUGUGCGGUCUGCUGUGGCCCAGCAGGGUCAUUUUAGCUCAGAGCAGCUCGUGUAGGAGUUCAGAGCGACAGGAAAUCAAUUUACACUGACAUCACCGCUAAAUCGUUGUUUUGUUCCGAUCACGUUCCUGUACACGAGCCUUCUGUGAGCCUUAUCUCCAAAUCUCACAGAAUUCAUGUCGCACCAACACGCACCAGGUUUGUCUAAAAACAAGUGGAGCCAUAAAAUUUGCUCUGAUAUUAAGGGCUGACUUCUGAG